UUAAGGCCUCAGUGUAAAUAAAACUGUCACAUGCUGCUAGUCGUCAGCAUAGCACCCUAUACUUCUGGAGCGACAGUACUCCUUUUGUCUUUCAGUGCUGCUUUGCUUAGCAAAUGUUGUGGUAAGCCAGAGCUGCUGUAAGUUAGACUAAUCUUCAAAGAGCCAAGGCUACUCUACAGUCUGCACUUCCACUGAUCCGAAGCUCAAAGACAGACAGACACAGUUUUCUUCUCUACAGUGUUUGUGUUUCAUCGCGUUUAUUUCCACCUGGCUUGAAAUGGCUUCAUACGUGAGGAGACUGUUCCACAUCUCAGCCUUCAGCUGGUAUGCUUUCAUUGUAAAGACUCUGGCUGCCAAGGAUGGAGAGGAGUUACCUGCAGGUAUAUUUGUUUAUGGAGGACCUUGGAAGUACCUGACUUUUUUAAAUUUGUUAUUGCAGACGUUUCUCUUUGGACUAGCCACAGUGAAUGAUCUACAACCUGGGAAAAACACAGAGCACGUUCUCAGCAGAUGUAAAGACUUCAUCUUCUCUGUCUUUGGCUUUCCUGUAGGCAUGUUUGUGGUCGUACUUUUCUGGACCAUCUUUGUCUACGACAGAGAGUUAGUCUACCCGGCAACUAUUGACACCUUCUUUCCACCCUGGAUAAACCAUGCUGUGCACACAGUUGUCCUGCCUCUGUUACUUGGAGAAGUGCUGCUGCAGCCACACGUCUACCCACAGACUAAGAAUGCUCUGGCAGCAUUAGGAGCUGUGAGUCUGGCCUAUAUGCUGUGGAUUUUGUGGGUGUACAGUUCCACUGGUAUCUGGGUGUAUCCCAUCCUGGGGCACUUCAGCAGUUGUGGUCUGGUGGGCUUCUUUUUCUUAAACACGUCUUUGGUGACCUUGUUCUACUUGCUCGGGGAGAGACUCAACAGCCUCGUGUGGAAUAAAGAAGUAAAACACAGAGCAGCGAAGAGAAAGAGACAAUAACUUACUUUUUCGCAAUGGAGCGUUCAAGCACAAGACCGAUUAUUGAGAGUAAGAUGAUUUUACUUUGAAAAAAACUUUAUUUCUUUUUUUAACUUUUGCUGUUCAAAUAUAAAGUUAACAUAAGCACCAAAACAUUUUACACCAUCACUCUGGGACAUUCUGUGUUUGGCUCGACCAAUGUCUUCAGCAGCACAUCUUACUGUUAAAUGUUCCGUUUUUCUAAGCUUCCACAGGGACCAUAUAAAUUUAAUUUUAGAUUUAGAUUUUAGUAAGGAUGUCCGAUAAUAUCGACUGACUGAUAUUAUCAGCCCAAUAUUAGCAUAAUUAUGAAAUCUCUAACAUCUAAUAAUACAUAAUAUCUUAUUUCCUCUGAUAAUGAAAACCCGACAACCCAAUGCCCGGGUUAAGCCAAAUGAUGUGUGAUCAAAAAAUAGUUUUGGGGAUGGUAGCAUUGCUGCUCAUUUAAUUAAUCUAUAGUAAUAAUCAGUGGAUUGUAUGCAGAAUGCUGGUGCCAGCAACUCUAUACACUGGUUUGUACAGAUAAAUACAUAAAUAUUACCUAACCUAUAUCAGUAUUGGUUGAUAUCGGAAUCGGAAAUUAAGUGACAAUAUUGGCAUAUCAAUUAUCGGCAAAAAGUUAAUAUCGGACAUCCAUAGAUUUUAGGACCUAGUGGAACAAUAAAUACACAUUUAAUCACUUAACACAUUUCUAAAAAAAAAACUAAAAAAAAAAAGUUUCGGAUGCUUUUUUCACACAUUUAGCCCAAAUCAUAGUCGGGCGUUUAGGAAAUGACUCCCAUGAAUUAGCCCUGUCAUAUUUGAUUCUGAAGCCAGUUUCCAAUGAAUAAUAAUAUAUCCAAAGGGGCAAAGCAGGGAGAAGGUUUAUCAGGAUGAUCUCCUUCUUUUCUUGUCUCUUGUCUCUCCUUCUUUGGCAGAGAUCAACCGCACUGUAAGUCCCUGUAGCCUUUCAAAUGAUGCAGGUAGUUAGGGUCUGCAUCCACCAAUCCAACUGAGAGGAUUUUGGCCAGUAAAUGCAUAUCACUUGAACUAAAAGCCUGCAACAGAGAUGCGAAAGUCAGACGUAUAAUGACAUUUUAAUAUAAUUAGGUCAGUGUAAUCUUUGGCUAUUUAUGAGCACACACCUUUCUGUUGAUUGCACUUGACUCAGGCAGCUUUAAUUUUCUAGGUUUACUCUUCUGUCAAAGACAAUUAUAAUUUCAGAAAAUUUGGCUCACCUUCUUAUUUGACUCAUGACUCGUGCAACGUGCUCUACCAGGUAAAAGUGUCUCUUUGUUUUUGUAGAGAUUGAAAAAUAACAAGAACAAUGUUAAAAUUACUCACCUCCUGAAGUCCUUUAGAGAAGAACAUUAUGAUAAAGAGUAGGCCGAUGAUAGUCUAAAUAAUUAAAAAGCCACAAUCAAUUUUUUUACACAAAAAAUGGAUGAAUUGACAUUCACAGUAUCUGCAGAUAAGAAAACAAUCUAAAGAUGACAACAUUUCCAGCAGGUUUCAACACAUGUACUACAAAUAGAAAAAAACAAAGGUAUGACUGAAAUUGAUACUGAAUACUGAAUCAUAAUGCUAAAAAUGAUUUAAAAAAUUGUAAUAAAUAAAUAAGUUCUUUCUCAAAAUAAAUUACAGCUGCAAGGUAGUAAUAUGUGAACUGCUGAAUGGCAACAAUUAAAACUAAAUUAUAUAAAAAUACAAUUGAAUAAAUAAUUACUUCAGUUCACAUUGCUGUAAUGUUAACUUCUGCCAUUAUACUUACUCCCAGGAGGUACAGCAUUUUCCUCUCAGCUUUGUUCUGUCUUCUGCUCUGUUGGUUUACCGAUUCCGACGGUGCUGUCAAACGAAUGAGCUGUUUUUGCUCUCAGUCUCCUGACCAUGUGAAGAAACACCCGUAAAGAUCCAGCACAACCAGAUCUGCUGCAUUUUCAAGAGUCACCUGCUGAUUAACUCAUGGCACAACAGUGUUGUCAGUGUUGAGUCAAACUAGUGUAAAGAGGUCAAUCUUUUGACCUCAGUGUCUACGCAGGUUCUAUUUUAGAUUGUUUUUAUGUCAUCAUAGAUAACAAUAAAGGUUGUUCAUGGAAGUGGCCCGUGACUUAUGACGCAGCACAUAGAAUUGUGUAAUAAAUAUAGAUCAUUAGAUUAAACACAGCCUUUGUGUGAUUGUCUGUGUAUUUUCACCUCCGAGGUUUUGUUGUGAUUAAUCCAAUAAAAAUAGAAACAAAGCA